CAGUCGCAUCCCAGAGCUUAGUUGCGAUCCAGCUCCCGGGGUGAGUGUACGUCGCUCCCGCUCGCGUCACUCCGCCAGCCUCGCUCGGGGACUCUAUAAGCGAGGAUCCUCAAGUUGGAAGCCUUGUCCUGCCGUUGUGUUCUUUCCUUCAUCCCGUUUUCCCUCUGAGUAGUUUUUGCUGUCCCUUGUUUUGUGUGCUGUGAGGAACUUGAGCGUUGUGUACGUAUUCCUGCCUGCCUGUCUGUCUGUCUGUCUGUCGGCUUUACGUACGUGUGCAAAGUGGAAAUACUGAUCGAAGCGGAGUGUGAAGUGCGAACGAAGUGAACACCAUUUUUUGUAUAAAACACCCUUACGCGGAAAUUGAAAUCUAACCGAUACACCAAAGCCUGAGUGCCGCGGUGCAGCAGAAACAGCGACACCACCACCAGCUCCACCAGUGAGUGUCCGGACGGAAAGCUGAGCAUGCAAGUUUGGUGCAGGUGAAGCGACGAUUGUGUGGAGUGAGCCGUGACUUGAGGCGUGAUGGCCGUGGUGGUGUGGCCGACCUGCACCUCCCGGAGAUAACGUGAGUUCACUGACGAUGAUGAUGGACCUGUAAUCGCUCAGGGAGGACGUGUACUUGCGUCGUGGGUAUCGCCGCCUCGCCCACUCCUCCCUCUCACCCUCGUCCUCGUCUCGUCCUGUCGACACAACGAGCAUGAGACUUCUAAUGCAGGGGAAGGCAAGAACGCGAUGGAGAUGGUGGUGGUGGUGGUGGUGGUGGGGAUGGAUGGCAGCAGUGGCGGUGGCUGGAGUGCGAGGCGGAGGCAGCGGGAAUAACGGUGAGCAGAUUUUCGCCACGACUCCUUCCCACCAGACAGCGGUUCUCGGGGCGACGGCGGUGUUGCCCUGCCGAGUGCUCAACAGAAGAGGCCUCGUGCAGUGGACAAGAGAUGGCUUUGGUCUGGGCACGCACCGGAAACUGGCUGGCUUUGAGAGGUACUCCAUGAUCGGUUCUGACGAGGAGGGAGACUUCAGCCUUAGAAUCUCACCUGUCCACUUGGAAGAUGACGCCGAGUACCAGUGCCAGGUGUCCUCAGCCACGGAGCUCCCCCUUAGAUCACAGGUGGCCCGUCUUACUGUCUUCGCUCCCCCUGACCGGCCUAAGGUGACACAGCCUCCUGUGGCCACUGCCGGGGCGGCUCUGACUCUAACGUGUUCCAGUAGUGGUGGUCGCCCUGCUCCUGAGAUCCAGUGGCUAGAUGGAUCAGGCGGCGUCAUCCACAAGGGCGUUAACCACACUCAGAAGCCGAUGGAGGAUGGGAAAAGGAUGUAUGCCCACGCUACUCUCACCUUCACGCCCACGAGACACCACCACGGGCGUACACUCACCUGUCUCACCCACAACCCCGCCCUUAACACGCCCUUGGAUGCUAAAGUCCGUCUGAAUGUAGAAUACCCGCCGGAGGUCCAACUUGAGUUCUCUCCAGAAGAGCUCUCAGAGGGAGUGGAGGCAUCUGUGACCUGUCGCGUGGAAGCCAACCCCUCCGAGCUGACUUAUAGGUGGUUUCGUGGGGGCUCCGAGGUGACGGGCGCCCAGGGACCUACUCUUCCCCUGGGGCUGCUCUCUCGCUCCGACAACGCCGUCCCCGUAGCCUGUGAAGUUACCAAUUCCGUGGGCACCUCCAGGAAAACCCAGUCCCUCAAUGUGCGAUACGCGCCGCUCUUCGUGACGGCACCCAGUAGCCAGUCCUCAGAGCCAGGCAAGGUGGUGACCCUCAAGUGCCGUGUGGAUGCCAACCCGCCGCCUGAGAUCAUUUGGACCCGCUCUCAUCACUCCAAGGUGGUAGGACGCGGACCAGAGCUUAUGGUGUCGGCCACGGCUGCCAGUGCGGGGCUCUACAUCUGUUCCGCUCGUAGUCCAGGCUUCGCUCCAUUAGAAGGCCGUGUUCACCUCAGACUCCGCGGCCCACCUCUUAUCAAGGCACAGGCGGUGGUGGCAGUGCCCGAGGGGGAGCCUGCGGUGCUGCGGUGCGGGGUAGUGGCCGUACCGCAUCCAGUAGCUGUUACUUGGACCAGAGAGGGAGCGUCUGUCAACUCAGAAAACGGGCACUCGGUCAAGGAGGAGCAGCGUGCGGAUGGCGUUGUGUCCACUCUUACCAUCAAUAAAACCACCACUAAGGACUUCGCUUCUUACAACUGUUCGGUCAUCAAUGAAUACGGGGUUGACACUCGUGAGAUCCUCCUGCAACGGCAACCGGUAGUUCCUUUGAUGGUGGUGGUCGGCGGCGGCGCGGGAGUCGUGCUGGUGGUAGUGGUCGUCAUCCUGUUCAUCCUAUGCGGACGUAAGAGACAGGCGAGAGGACCCAAGGACAAGGCGGCGGAGGCAGGAGCGGUGGUGGUCGAGAAGAAAUCCACAUCCUCAUCUACCUCUUCCGUCGCGGCUGUAGGAGGCGGAGGCGGGGGUCUGGGGGGUCUUGGUGGUCUCAGCGGGGUCAGUGCGAGGGAGGAGAACAGUGUGGGUUCCAACAUGGGCACUGCGAUGAAGAUGAUGCCCACGUCGCUUCUCGCCCACGACAGCCAAUCAACAGGGCAGGAGUCCGAUGCGAAGGACACUGAAAUCCGCACCUCCUCCUCGCUGUCCGCCGUGGAUCGAGACUCAGACAGCGGGUGGGAGAAGGAGAGCAGCAAGGCGUCACCGAGGGAGCCCCAGGCGGCGCCCCUAGCACAGCCUCGCUACAGUGUGGGCUCCACUGUCUUCACCCCCCCCGACCAAGGCUACAUCUCCUAUGUCGACUACACCCGUGACUACUCGCCCGUGCCUGUCAGCGUCGGGGAGUCCUACCAACAGUUUCAGGUUGGCGGUCCUUUCGCCCGAUCCACCCCUGCCAGCGACCCGCCCUCCUCUCUGCCGUCAUCCGUUGCCCCGCCCCCGUAUUCCCCUUCCCCUCAUGGCAACGCGGACAUCAACGGCGGCCCUAAUGGCAGGGUACACGCGUCCGCCAAUGGGAAGGUGGUAAACGGUAACGGCAUCAACGGGACGCUGAAGCACGCCCUCCUGCAGGACCUCAAACAGGAGCUUAAAAGGGACCUCUCGCAGGACCUCGACUCAACAGUCCUACACAGCAAGUAUAUCAUCCCGCCGCAGAGCAAAAUUAAGCCCGGGACGUUGGUUUAGGGCUUAUCGCUUCCCUCGUAGGGCUGAGCGCUGUAGUUUUCGUAGUGAAUUACACCAAGUGACCAUUAGACUCGAGAACGGCAACUCCUCUGGUGGUGAUGGACAGAAUAAAUCCCGGAGUGGAGCAAAUGGACCGUGUUAAUGGUUGUUAAUUUCUUAUCUGCCUCGUUGUGUGUGUGUUUCCUUCUCUCCGAGCACUUCGAGGCGGAGGAACCGAGACCAACUGGCCAAAUUGUUAGCAGAAUAGGUGGAAAACUCUUAUUCUGAACCUCAAUUUUAAAGUCUUUGUUGACUUGAUUUAUAAUAUAUAUUUAAUUAUAUAUAUAUAGUGAAUCUCCUGUGCCGUAUUGUGGGGAGUCCAACCUGGAGAAAGGAAGCUUGAAGGACCAAAUCCGAGUAUAUCUCCAUGAAGUUCCCAAUCCUUCCACGGCCCCCCUACCCCGCCCCUCCCGCUCCCCACGCCACCCCACGGAAGGUCUCCCAGCUAAUCGUAAGGUGUACAGAUCUGUGAUAUGAGUUAGUAAGCGCCCAGAGAUGUUUUAGCCGGAACCAAAAAAGCAAAAUGAGUGCGUGUGUGUGAUUGAGACUCUGCCGAGGACUGUGGACUGUCUACAGGAGGCGGUGAGGCGCAGAGGGAGGCAUAUCACCCUCGGAAGCGCCACUAACCGCUGCGGAAGGCGUAUGUUGCGAAUGUGUUGCGAAGUGUUACGAAGUGCUUUUUUCGCUACCGCUUCACCCGACUCGCUGACCUCGACCAUCUUGUUAGCGGCAUUGUAGCAAGACGUGUUAAAAAGUGACUCUAUUAGGAAAGAAAAUUCUAACAGUUACCUUUCUUAGGAUGUAAGAAAUUAUAAAAGCAAUACGAUGAAGCAGGUAGAGGUCGCGACGAGGCUGUGUGUGUGUGUGUGUGUGUGUGUGUGUGUGUGUGUGUGUGUGCGUGUGCGUGUGUGUGUGUGUGUGUGUGUGUGUGUGUGUGUGUGUGUGUGUGUGUGUGUGUGUGUGUGUGUGUGUGUGUGUCGGUGACCAAUAAGUAUUUUUUUCCUAUAAUGACAUGUUUGUGGAAGAUCUUGAUGGUGUGGUGAAUGAGACUGUCUUGCAGGUGUUUUGCAAGAAGGAGUGUGUGAAUAUACAGAUAAUGUUUAUAUAUACUAUGGAUAUAUACGCAUCUGUAUUGGUAUUUGUAUCAGUUCUUUUACUGUACAUAAUGAUAUUCGCACCAAAAUGUUUCCUCCCCAAUCAUGACUUGUUGUGGUGGAGUGCGUGUGUUGCCUGCGGGUCAGCUGAGGCCACCAGUGGGCGAGGGCAGAGCAGGUGAAGGGCGCUACCACUUCCCUACGACAGGUGUGCUUCAUUACAGGUGUGUGUUGUUGUAUGUGCUGCAGUCACGUGUGUUCAGCUGCAGGUUAAUAAGGUGUCUGUGUAUACGACCCACGCAGGUAAGACCCCGGCGCCUGGGGACGCUGCCACACUGCCACAAGGCGCGUGGCUCUGUGCAGGCGGCGCAGCGCCACGCGUCAACUCACCUCGCUGCUUCCCCGCCGCGCCAAGGUUUUCGAAUCACACGAAACUAAAUACAUAAAAAUUUUAUGAAUUAAAUUUGAGGAUAGUUAUUCAAAUGUCCCCAGUCUUCAGAAAUUACAUACAUAAUGUAUGUCAUUUAUUCAUUUGCACUUUUUAAUAUUUACACAUAUCAGAAAUUUUAGAAUUUCUGACGGAAAUUCCUGAAGAGCAGCGGGUGUUGGUGAGUGUGGCUCAGUGUUUGGUGCUGUGCGUGGUUGGCGCCGCCUCGCCGUCACCUCCGGGAGUCACUUGGCCGCCACGCGUGGCGAUCUGAAGCAUUGCCUUCCUCCUCCCCGGGCAAAGGGUGCGCGUUGCCAGCCCUCGCCCCGCCGCCUCAGCCCUGACCGGGGUGGUGCAUGCCGCUCUGCUGUUUUGCAUUAAUAAAUACUUGUUGGAGCUGUGGUGUUAGACCUUUACGUGUUACUAUGCUAGCUUCCGAAGGAGGGAACCUUCUUCGUGGGGGGAGUGAACACCCUUCGCCCUCUGCGGUGUGGCCAUCAACCGACGCUCUCCUGCUUCUGUUAUUAUUAUUACUACCAUUAUUGUUUUAUCUUCCUCCCUUUGCUAUGUUCUCUGCAUCCAUACCCGAGCCCAUCCCACCGACAGGCCAGACACUUCCACGCCACAGUUUUAUUUAAGAACCACAGACUCUUGACGCAUCGCCACCUCCAAACAGUUACUUCCUGAACCUCACUGACUAUAUCCUGUAAGAACAGAUUCUGCAUCACAAACCAAGAAGGGCAACGCUUACCUCCCAAACCUCACACUCUUUACAGGAAACUACAGACUUCCUUAGCACCACAAGAGUCUUAGGGAGUUAUUUUCUGAACCUCUGUCUUUAAUAACAGCAACUACAGAACUCUUAAUCCUCACAAGCAUAUUCAUAACCGAACAAUUACCUCUUGCAUUUUUACAUUAUUUUCUAAGAAAUACAGAGGAAACAGUCCUUAUUAUGACAUAUAUGGUAGUCAUUUUCUAAACAUGAUAAUCUUAAAAAACUACAUGAUAAAACAAGACAUUACCUUCAGCAUCUACAUGACCAACUAUUACCUCUUCACAAUCCUUAAAAGCUACAGGAAACUGCAUACUUUUUAUAUCACAAGCAUUCUCAUGACAUCACAAUUACCCCCUUAACCUUACAUAUAUAACUCCUUCAUUACUGGGACACAUUAUUCACCUUGAGAUUUGUGUCUAUGGAGGUGAAAAGAUUAUUGGUCAGUCUUCACUAUUUUAAUCCUCCACAUGAGUUUUUGAUGCUGUAUAAAGUCAACAAAUAGUCAUCAGAAUGAAUAUGGAAAUGCGUCAUGGUACUGAAGGGAUUAUUGAGAGCUACAUGAAUAUACAGACUCAUCAGAUUUUAAGAACUACAGGAAACUACAGAUUUUUUUUUAUAUUACAAACAUUCUCAUCACACCACAAUUACCUCAUUAACCUUACAUAUUUAAUGAGUGCUAUAGGAAUCUACAAACUUAACAGAUACAGCCUGAAACAUUACAUCUUACUUUAUCACCUCAAAGUAACACAUUAACACACAAACACUCGACCACCGUGCAGUUUUGCGACCAUAUUUUGAAACACCUGCACCGUACCACUACAUUCAAAAGGCUCUAAUUGAAAGAACACAGUUUUUUUAAGAGUGUUUUUACGAUUGCAGUAACAUAUCAACAAGAUUUCUACAUUACCAACGGGAGAAACACUCUUGAAAACCUAACUGUUCAUAUUUUAUUGGCCUUGAAGGUAGUGGUGAGAGAGCAAGUGUUUCUGAGUAUGAGACAUGAUCUCUGUGGCGUCCGGUCCCAGCACUGCAUUACCGCCAGGAAGACUUAAAGGCCAAAGGGAGCUCCUAUUCACGCUGAUGACUCGUGCUAACAGUGAUCAUGACAGACAGGAAGCCACAAGAGGGAUGCAGUGUAGGUUGGACAGAUAGACAAGCUUAUCGAUAAGUAUUCCAUAUAUUUGUCGAGUUUUAUUUUGUUUUUUGCGUUUUUUUCUGUGAUUCUGUAUGAGCUUUAUCUGGUCUUUGUUACUCCCAAUGAAGGAUUGUUUUUAUCUUAUCAGUUUGCCUUCUUUAUGGGUCCCUAUACUCUCUCUCUCUCUCUCUCUCUCUCUCUCUCUCUCUCUCUCUCUCUCAUUUUCCUCACAUAUGAUAAGAGAGAUCGCUCAAUACCUGUCUCUCUCUCUUUUUUCCCCUUUAUCGUUCUCUUCCUCUUAUCAGUUAUUUUUCCCUUUCCAUCUUUCUAUAAACGUUUCCCCCUCCCUCCCCAUCCCCUCCCUUCUCACCCUGUCACUCUCAUUCCCUCUCACUUUCACUCUCUCUCUCACCAUCUGUCCCUCAUGUCAUGCUCCUCUCUCACCCGUCUCCCCCACUCCUCUCAAACACAAGAGCCGAAGACUUUUCCAAAACUCCUUGACAGAUUUUCCUACACUGUCCAACUCUCUCCUUUUUUGUGUUCGUGAGUUGUAAUUUGGUGAAAAGCGAGUCUGUUCUCCCACCAAGUUUCGCCCAAGUACUUCCUUUUAGUUUUCUCUUUAUUUUUCACUCAGCACCUUCUCUUUGACAAUCAGGUAAAGCAAGAAAAAACGUCACAUCGUCACUGAAAUACGUUAUGAUUGUGGUUGGACUCAAUGUACCUUUAAAAAUAUGUACAUGUGAGCUGGU